AUACCUACUACCUACAUACCUAAGUCUACCCGUGGACGACUUACGUAGGUAACUAUACUCUGUACGCCACUAUGAGAUCCUUCAGCUGUUCUCUCGCGCAUCUACCGCAUAAUUCGCUGUGAUAACUUUGGUUCAAGAUUGAGUUCGCUAGAAGGACGGGCUGUGCAGUAGAACGAACGACUUCGUUCUACACCAUGUCAAACAUCACUUCCAGACAUUCGCGUGGCAUCUCCUCUGCCAGUAACUCGAGUCUCAUGCAAGACGUCCCUGGCGCAUUCCCCACCCUUCAACGCGACCACGACGAUGAACAAAACCACAUUGACGGGGACGGCAUUGACGACAAUAAUGAGCUGACCUUCACGAGUCUCUCACAAGCAGUCUACGAGCGAAGGACGGAGUAUGUUCGGCCAAAACACGUCCGGAUCAAGGUUGGGACUUGGAAUGUCGCGGCCUUCAAGGGCACUGAGAAGGACGUCGGGGGCUGGUUCGUGGGAGGAAAAGGCAUAGCAGAUGCUUUGACAGGCGCCACGGAUGUUCAAGAGAGAACAGAAGUCGUGGAAGACGCGACUGAACAGGAGAGCAGAUACAAGCGGAAGAAGGAAACUCUACCACGGGGAGAUGAAUCAGUUCUCCCCCAUGAUGAGGAUGUCGGACUCUAUGUUCUGGGUCUGCAGGAAGUCGUCGAUAUUACUGCUGUUGGCGAGGCUUUGAGACCUUACACCGAUCCUGCGGCUGCAAACAAAUGGAAAGAGUCGAUGCUCGAGGCUUUGCCACGAGGAUACCAGCUGGUUGCAGAACAGCAGCUUCUUGGGCUCUUGCUACUCAUUUAUGCUUCGCCAGAUGUAGCAAGGGAUAUCAAAGCUGUCAGUACCACAAGUGUGGGCACUGGGGUCUUUGGUUACAUGGGCAAUAAAGGAGCCGUGACUGCUCGCCUCGUGCUGGGAGACACCACGAGACUCGUCUUUGUCAAUAGUCAUCUUGCAGCUGGCACAGAUAAAGCAGCUCUCGAUCGAAGGAUAUGGGAUACUCAGCAGAUUGUGCAGAGGACCAAGUUCGAGCCGAUUCAGGAUGCUAUGGACCUACACCAGACGUCAGGCGAGAUGAUCGGAGACGAAGACUUUGCCUUUUGGUGUGGUGAUCUGAACUUCAGAAUGGAAGGAAUACCAGGAGACGAUGUACGAAGGCUCCUCAUGCUGCAUACGAGGAACCAGUAUGAUCUUAGUCAGCCGGCUGCGAAGACAAUCGAGGACGAAGUCAAGGAAGCAACAGCAUCAGUCAAUGAUGGGCUCAAGCUGGAUGACCAACGAUCGAGCAGCGACAAUCCCCGUCAAGGCACGCUGGUCGACGAAGUUCAAGCAAAAGAUGAUCCGACUUCACUACAGACCACUCUCGAUUCCCUUCUUCCACACGAUGAACUACGGCAGCAGAUGAGCAAGCGAAAAGUUUUCCACGAUGGUUGGAAAGAGGGACCCAUCAGUUUCUUGCCGACCUACAAGUAUGAUGCAGGGAGUGUGGGUGUCUUUGACAGUUCCGAAAAGAAACGAGCGCCAUCCUGGUGCGAUCGCAUCUUGUUCCGCACUCGCAAGGAUAAGCUGGCGUACGAAGCCAAAAUACGCGAAGAAGAGGCUGCUCGAAAGAAGGACGAAGAGAUGAGGGCAAGUGGGGUCGACCAGGCCGCUUCAGAGGAGGACGUGCUGUAUGACUACGAUCCUGAGACCGAUGGAGGCAACGCUGUAGACUACGACGAGUACGACGAGUACGAUGACGCCGUGGGAGCGCGCGACGAAGCCAUAGUUGUGACGCGUGAAGGUUUUGAGGACGAGCUGACAUUGGAGUACUACACAGCUCAUCAACGAGUGCUAUCUUCUGAUCACAAGCCUCUGGACGCGAGCUUCAUGCUAAAAUAUGAUGCCGUUGUGCCGGAGUUAAAGGCUCGGAUUCAUGCCGAAUGCGCUAAAGAAUUGGACAAAGCCGAGAACGAAGGACGUCCUAAUGUGACUGUUGUUGUGGAUAAGCAGACGCACACUUCAGCUGCAGCGUCGAACGAAAAUUUGCCUGGUGGUCGAACCGACGAAGGGGUGUGGUUUGGGGAUGUGAGGUAUAUGGAGGCCAAACAUCGCUCAUUGACCAUCGCCAACACCAGCCGUGUCCCUGCUAAUUUCAGCUUCAUCGAGCGACCUGUGGAGCCCGACGAACAUAGUGGCAUUGCACCCAGAUGGCUUUCAAUCCAAAUCGAAGGCAUACAGGUACCAAACACAUCUUCUUCGUCGCCGAACAUCACACUCAAACCGGGAGAGGCGGCCGUGGUGGAGCUAGAGCUCAAGAUUAGUGACAUGAAAGAUGUGCGCCAUCACAACGAGAAGGGAAAGCCUGACGUCGAUGACAUUCUUGUCCUGCGCAUUGAGAAUGGACGCGAUCACUUUAUACCCAUUCGUGGACAUUGGCUGGAGAGUAGCCUGACAAGAACAAUACACACCCUCGUACGAAUUCCAGAGGGUGGUAUUCGCAGACUUCAAGGCCAGACCCCGAGUCAUAAGAGCGGGAAAGAGAAUGCAAAAAGUGCAGUGAAUGCGGUGCAAGCUGCGGACGCUUUUGCUGCUGGGUCAAGUGAGGGCGCUGAUCCGAGCCGAAGGCAGUCUCGUGAGAGUGCGAAGAGUGCAAAGAGUACCGAGAAUCAGCUUCCCGUACGUUUUUCUGCUCCUCGCGAGCUGUUCAGGCUGACGGAAGCGAUAGAGGAGCUGAGCACGAGAGUGGUGGCCGAGUGGGAGAUGAUUCACGAUGUCCCGCCCGCCACACCCACCACGAGCACAUCCCCCACACCACGUACUAGCACGUCUUCAGCCAAGACAAGUCUCGAAAGUGUUAGCAUCGUCGCACCACCUACAGCUCCGUGGGCCACAUACCCAGCUUGGCCGUUCGAUGUAGAAGGCUGGACGCAACGGAACACGGCUGAUGGGGACGCUGCGCUCAGUGAGGCCUGCAACGCACUCGACUGUGAUCUGCCACUCGAGGCUUCUCUCCCAGACACCAUGCCCAGGGCUGAACGUUUGUACGUUCUGAGCAACCUCCUCUUGAUCUUCCUGCACAGUAUGCCCGAUGGCAUUGUUACAUCAGACCUUUGGACUCUCGUCAAUGCAUAUCUUGAUGGCAUCGAAAAGUCCAAAGGGAAACGCCAUAACGAUGACCAACGCAGUGCCAUUCAAGAAAUCAUCUCGACCAGUCCAAGCCAUAGCAUCAGCUUCAUUCUGAUCACGAGCAUGCUUGAACGACUAGUGCAGGAAGUCUCGGGCAGUAAGCGUCUCUUGUUUGACGAAGCAGCGAGUACUGCUACUCCACUGAGUCCAACUAAGAAGGCCUUUGGUGGGCUGAAGAAAAUGGCAACAUGGAAAGGAAAGCCGUCCCCAGUGCUUGCGGGUAGUGAUAGCGGCAGGCUGCAUGCGCGAGCAUUGGCAAAUGUCUUCGCGCCUGCGGUGAUCAGGCUACCGGAAGGGAAUGAGAAAGGCAGAGGAGUGGUCGAGAAGAGAAGAGUUGAAGUUCUGGAGCUGUUUCUCACGAGAUAUGAGCCGGGAUGACCUGUUAGUUGCAUGAGACAGUACGGUAGUGACUGGAGUAGAAACCUGAUACGAAUACGAAAGGAUGAUUUCAACCAGAC